AUGGCUGAAGCAGGGCUGGGCGAGGCUGAAGGCGAGGGGGAACAGGGGACAGAGCUGGACGACCUGCCUUCGGACACGGUCUCCCUCAGUGACUCCGACUCGGACCUCAGCCUGCCUGGCAGCGCCCAGGUGGAAGCACUGUCCCCAGAGGGCCUGCGUGGCGAGGCCGAGGGGCACUCGGGCCCCGAUGAGCCCCCCUCGCCCCCGGCAGGCCGGCCCCAAGCCGCCAUCCAGCCAUUCCAUCUGCAGGGCAUGAGCUCUGCCUUCUCCCAGCGCAGCCAUGACAUCUUCGACCGCCUGGAGGGGGUGGCCCCCGCCGGCAGGGGCGACAGCGGGGCCUUCAAGCGGCCCCUGGCACCCCCAGGCCAGCCUCCAGCCGAGGGCCUGGGCAGGGCCAGUCGGAGCCCUGGCCCUCCCAGGGGCCCCUCCGUCCCCGACUAUGUGACCCACCCUGAGCGUUGGACCAAGUACAGCCUAGAGGAUGUGGCCGAGGGUGGCGAGCUGAGCAACCGGGCCGCAGCCCUGGCCUUCCUGGGCUCCCGGAGCCUGGCUGUGCCCCCCGACUACACCCCGUCCUUCAACCAGGACCCCUCCAGCCGUGGGGAGGGGAGGAUUGUCUUCACAAAACCGGCCCGAGCCGGCGAGGCAGGGCCCGAGAGGAGCCGUGGCCUGAGGAAGACAGCUGAGGGUGCUGUGAAGCUGGCCCACCUGGCCACAAGCCCAGAGACCGAGGAGGGCGGGCGGCCUGGGGGCGCCCCCGGUGGGCCGGCACUGAGCCCUGGGGCGCCUGAACCGGCAGGGACUGUGGGCUUCCACGGCAGCAGGAAGCGGAGCAGAGACCACUUCCGGAGCAAAGGCAGCAGCCCUGCGGGGCCAGGAGCCGAGCCCUGA